CCAACACAGCACACCUUCUGAUUUUGAUGAAGCGCGGACUGCAAUUGUAUUUAUUGGGAAAUAGCAGCGUCGCGAACAGGAAUCCGGAAUCAAAUCGUCGGCUCGCAGAAGAGGAGGCAGGUGACCGUCUACGCAGGCAGAUCCACCUCCGCUUGGCAGUCUGAACGCAAGGCACAUCGUUAGAAGACGACUGUUGUUUAUUAGUCCUUUAUUGUCGUAAUAUAUGUUAUAUUUAACUACAUGACUUUUAAUUUCAUUGUUUAGCUAGUCAGUUCUCCCUCCGAGAUGGAUAACGCGCACACCAAAUCCUCAUCUGAAGUUUUUGAAAACUUUAGUGUGAAUGAAAACACUGGACUCACCCUUGAACAAGUGAAAUCCAAUUUAGAAAAAUAUGGACCUAACGAGCUCCCGGCUGAAGAAGGCAAGUCCCUAUGGGAGCUGGUGGUGGAGCAGUUUGAGGACCUCCUGGUCAGGAUCCUAUUGCUUGCUGCCUGCGUCUCCUUUGUGCUGGCUCUGUUUGAGGAGGGAGAGGAGACCAUCACAGCCUUCGUAGAACCCAUCGUCAUCCUGCUCAUCCUCAUCGCUAACGCUGUGAUUGGAGUCUGGCAGGAGAGGAAUGCAGAGAACGCCAUCGAGGCUCUCAAGGAGUACGAGCCAGAGAUAGCCAAAGUGUACCGCAUGAACCGCAAGGCAGUCCAGAGGGUCAAGGCCCGGGAAAUAGUGCCUGGGGAUGUUGUAGAGAUUGCCGUUGGUGACAAGGUCCCUGCUGACAUCAGGAUCACCUCCAUCAAGUCUACCACCCUUAGAGUGGACCAGUCUAUUCUCACAGGCGAGUCUGUGUCUGUUAUCAAACACACUGACCCCGUCCCUGACCCCAGAGCUGUCAAUCAAGACAAGAAGAAUAUGCUGUUUUCCGGCACUAACAUUGCUGCGGGGCGAGCCAUCGGCAUCGUGGUCUCCACCGGCGUGUCCACGGAGAUCGGUAAAAUCCGGAACCAGAUGGCUGCCACGGAGCAGGAGAAGACUCCUCUGCAGCAGAAACUGGAUGAGUUUGGAGAGCAGCUCUCCAAGGUAAUCUCCCUGAUCUGCGUGGCCGUCUGGGUCAUUAACAUCGGGCAUUUUGGGGACCCGGUUCAUGGGGGUUCCUGGAUGCGGGGGGCAAUCUACUACUUUAAGAUCGCUGUGGCCCUGGCUGUGGCCGCCAUCCCUGAGGGUCUACCCGCUGUUAUCACCACCUGCCUAGCGCUGGGGACCCGACGCAUGGCCAAAAAGAACGCCAUCGUCCGCAGCCUGCCCUCUGUGGAGACCCUGGGCUGCACCUCUGUCAUCUGCUCUGACAAGACUGGCACCCUCACCACUAACCAGAUGUCUGUCUGCAGGAUGUUUGUGGUGGACAAGGUGGAGGAUUCCAGCUGUGCUGUCCAUGAGUUCUCUAUAACUGGCUCCACCUAUGCCCCUGAAGGGCAAGUGUUGAAAGGGGACAAGGUGGUCCAGUGCGCAGACUAUGAUGGACUACUGGAGCUGGCCACUGUGUGUUCCAUGUGCAACGACUCCUCACUGGACUACAAUGAGGCCAAAGGAGUGUAUGAGAAGGUGGGUGAGGCGACAGAGACCGCCCUCACUACCCUGGUGGAGAAGAUGAAUGUGUUCAAGACAGACAUGUCAGGCCUCAGCAAGGUGGAGCGCGCCGGAGCGUGCAACGCAGUCAUCAGGCAGCUGAUGAAGAAAGAGUUUACUUUAGAGUUCUCUCGCGACCGCAAGUCCAUGUCUGUGUACUGUAACCCCACUAGUAAACCAGGCUCUGGGAGCAAGAUGUUCAUCAAGGGUGCCCCAGAGAGUGUGAUGGAGCGUUGCCAGUACCUGCGUGUUGGCACAGGGAAGGUGGCGCUGACCAUGCCCCUGAGAGAGCAGCUGACCUCCCUGAUCAGGGACUGGGGCACUGGCAGGGACACACUGAGAUGCCUGGGCAUGGCCACACGGGAUUUACCACCAAAACGGGAAGACAUGGAUCUGGAGAACGCCACUAAGUUCGCUGAGUAUGAGACGGGCCUAACGUUCGUUGGCUGCGUGGGCAUGCUGGACCCGCCCAGGAAGGAGGUGAUUGGUGCUAUCCAGCUCUGCGCCGAGGCGGGCAUCCGUGUCAUCAUGAUCACCGGGGACAACAAGGGCACGGCUGUGGCCAUCUGCCGACGCAUCGGUAUCUUCGGCGAGGAUGAGGAUGUGGUGGGCAAGGCCUACACCGGCAGGGAGUUUGACGACCUACCCAUAGAGUCCCAGAGAGACGCUGUAAAGCGGGCACGGUGCUUUGCCCGUGUGGAGCCAGCCCACAAGUCUAAGAUCGUGGGCUACCUGCAGUCGUUUGAUGAGAUCACUGCCAUGACUGGUGAUGGGGUGAACGAUGCGCCAGCCCUGAAGAAGGCAGAGAUUGGCAUUGCCAUGGGCUCGGGCACGGCUGUGGCUAAGUCGGCCUCUGAGAUGGUUCUGUCUGAUGAUAACUUCUCUACCAUCGUGGCGGCUGUGGAGGAGGGCAGGGCCAUCUACAACAACAUGAAACAGUUCAUACGAUACCUCAUCUCCUCAAACGUCGGCGAGGUCGUCUGCAUCUUCCUGACGGCCAUCUUGGGUCUGCCUGAGGCUCUGAUCCCGGUACAGUUGCUGUGGGUCAACUUGGUGACAGAUGGUCUCCCUGCGACUGCCCUGGGUUUCAACCCCCCAGACCUGGACAUCAUGGACAAACCACCCCGCAACCCCAAGGAGCCCCUCAUCUCUGGAUGGCUGUUCUUCAGAUAUCUGGCCAUUGGAGGGUAUGUUGGUCUGGGCACGGUGGGUGCUGCCACCUGGUGGUACCUGUUUGAUGAGGAAGGCCCUAAUGUGACCUUCUACCAGCUGAGACACUUUAUGCAGUGCUCAGAGGACAACCCCAUGUUCCAGGGUAUCAACUGUGAGGUGUUUGAGUCCCGCUACCCUACCACCAUGGCCCUCUCUGUGCUGGUCACCAUAGAGAUGUUCAACUCCCUCAACAGUCUGUCUGAGAACCAGUCCCUGAUCAGGAUGCCUCCCUGGGUGAACUUCUGGCUGCUGGGGGCCAUAGUCCUCUCCCUGUCCCUCCACUUCCUCAUCCUCUACGUCGAGCCCCUGCCUCUGAUCUUCCAAGUGACCCCUCUGUCCUGGUGCCAGUGGAUUGUGGUCCUAAAGAUCUCCAUCCCCGUCAUCCUUUUGGAUGAGGCCCUCAAGUACAUCUCCCGCAAUCACUUAGACGCCUAAACUUUGUCUCCUCUCGCCUUCUGUAAAAGACAACGAGGACAAGAAGUACAGGAAGAGGCAGCUGAAAUAUUAAGACCCCCACCCCCCACACACACACCUUUCCUUUUUAAAGAAAUGCCCCUCUCCUCCAUUCCCUCAUUCCCCCCAGUCCUGCAUGCUCAACCUCCACUAGAAAACGAGCAGGGCAUGCAUGAGACCGAGAGUACAUCUGUGCGAGUGUGUGCGCAUGUUUGUAUGCGAGCGUGCGAUGGUGUACAUGUGUGAGAGUGAAUGAACGAGUUAGUGUGUUUGUAUAUGAACCAACGAACGAAUGCAUGCCCAUGUUCACGUAGGCCCAGGAAAGCGUGACGACAAACUGCAAAACACAUCCAGGACUCCUGUUGCUUUUUAAAACUUUCAGCUCAUCGCUUUUGACUCUGUACAGUAACAUGCAAUAGGUGGACCGUGGAGGGAGAGGUUUAGGAGGAGAGGGGUCAAUCAGCUGGGGGAUUGUUGUGUGUCUGCGGGGAGAGGGAGCUGGUGCAGCAUAGAGAGAGAGGGGUAUACCCUGGCAGAGACUACAUAGUCUUGAUGGUACCAACAACCGACAGAGCCUGGCAUGCUAACUGGUGAAGAUGCUAGUAACUGGCAGCUAGAGGAACCACAUUGCUUGGCCUAAGGUGCUGCCCAGUACCCAUGUAUCCAUCCCACCCCUUAGGAACCCCUCUGUCUGCCAAGGCUUCUGUCAUCCAGAUCCACAAUGUUGGAGAAGUUGUCUGGACCACUGUCUGGCUCAUAGUAGUGGCCAUCAGACCAUCGCAUCACAACUUCAUGCGCCUCUGGCUACAGUAUACCACCACGUUCCUCUACUUCCCUUUCUCUCCACAUGGACCUCUGUUUGCUGUAUAUUGAGCUGAUUUCUGCUCUUUAGCUCUCCUCUCUCCCAUCGACCUUUCUCUUCUUGCUCUUUCAUUCUCUGUUUAGGAAGCAGGUAGGCAGCAUUGGCCCUGGAUUCUGACUCAUCCGGGCUUGGGCGGUGCAGUGUGGUGUGUGGAGGCGUGUGCCUCUCUGUCCUGAAUGUGUGAAUAGCUUUUUGCUGCUUGGCCGCUUUCUUUAGUUCUUACUGGGGAGCCGGAGUCAUUCCAGAGACAUGGCAACCAAGAUUAAAUGUGAAAUGAUGACUACACCCACUUUGCCCAGACUAUUCUGAUAAACCCAUCCAGCCUCACAAUCAACCUUCAGUGUUGCGCAUCCCUCCCCUCCCCUCAUCUCCAUACCACAAGAACGCUGUUCCUAAAUCACAAUUGUAGUUGCGGAGUACUACUACCACAGAGUAGAUACACAAAAUAUACUUAUACUUUGGAAAGGAUGCUUAGGAGGGUGAGAAGGAGAAUUGGCAAGCAAGGCAGCUAAAUUGGCCAGACUUCAUCAGUCGGAGACCUUUGUCUCUCCCAGCACAUAUCAAUCAAAUCAAGACUUUAACACUCCCAACAUGCUGUAUGUCGACUUGGACCUAGUAGGGUCAAAUAAUGAAUGUAUUUUUGUGCCAGCCUAUUUCCCAUACCUUCCCACUCUACUCCCAGGCCACUCCCACGAACCCUGGUUUACCACGUGAACCCUCUCUAGCCCUUUUAGUUCUGUGCAGUAAGAUCAUUUCAUCCCUUGUUACUUAGUUUUCAUCUUAUUGAAUAAAUAAUAAUAAUAACACACCAUCACUAUCAAUAGUGCAUGUCCAGUUAGACAAGCUUAAUACAAGCUCUUUCCCCUUAUUGUUGUGCUGCUCCCUGGGUUCUCCACGCUACCGCCAGUGCUCUUUGCAUUACAGGUUAACUAUUGGCUAUUGUUUUUAAAAUAAGUAAUAAUAAUGUAUUUGACUGAAUGAAUGAAUUUUGGAUUGUUGCUUUAGCUCUUGUUUUGGGGUUUGCUGUGGAGCCAUUGUGCUCUGCGGGCUGGGGCCAGUGGAUUAGCUGGAGGGAAGCAGAAACACAAGGGCUCAAUCACAAAUUGACCCCUAAGCACAGAUCUGAGGGAUUGGAUUGAUAUAAACAAUGUAGUGAAACUUCCACCUAGCCUAUCAGAGGGCAAGGUGGAGCUAUUACCAUAUUGCUUACACCUGUCAUCCAGUCAGAUCUCCACAAAUGUGUAGGGCAUAGGGGUCGAUUUUGGGAUUGGGUCUAGUAGUGUUAUGUGCUUGUUAAGCCUUCUGACACUUUCUAAGUCUGCUUGGGUGAGAGCACCAAAGCAGUAUGACCAAAGUCCAUUUUGAUUUUCAUCAAGGAACUGCAUAUACUGUAGUUGUGAUAUGCAAACAGUUGUGACUGGCACUUAAGGUAAACAUUGGACGACCAGUUAUCUGGAACCACUGACCUAACACCUUGACAGAAAGGAGAGAUCUUGGCCUUUCUAUUGCUCUUUAAUGAAUAUCUACCAUGGUACUCUUGUUAGCUAACCAGCACAACUUUUGAUUCUGAGAUUACUACCAGGCCAAUACAGUAGCUCUACCUGUUCUAUAGCCUAACAGUGGCAGAAGGCUUCAGGACCCCCGGUGCGCUUCCUAGCUGGUUCUCAGCCUCAGAUCAUGAUGGCGAUAUAGCAUGCUGGCACUCAGGCUGUCCAGCAGUGAUGUGGGUUUGUACAGUACCUUGUUAUUUACUACUGAAUCCUUGAACUCUGUAAAAGAAAAAAAGAUUGCAUGGAUACCUUGUUACUGUAAUUAAUAUUCUAUACAGUAUAUUAGACCUUUUUGAUAACUUACAUGGCAUCAAUGAAACCUACUUAACAGCAAGAGAACCAACUGCGAGAAACCAUUACAUAUUUUCUUUGAGCACAUCUUGGCAUCUAAUGAUCUACAUUUUUUUGUAGACUAGAAAAAGGUUGUUUAUUCAUCGUUACUGUUUGUUUUCUUGGUUUCUGGGGUUUUGUCAUACUUUAGGGAAAGAAAUUACAAUGUGUAAAAUAAACAACAAGAAUCAUGGUUAUGAUGAGAAAAAUAAUUAUGAUAAUGAUGAAAUAAUUUAUUUCACUAAUGGUAAUAUGGUUUUGAGAAUUAUUGUUGAGAAUUUCAAAAUUAAUUGUUUGGUUUAGACAGUGCGAUGAACAGUGAUGAAUCCUGGGUAAUGAAGUUGUGUGUACAUUGAAGGGCUUGGUGUGACUGCAGGCUCCAGAGACCGCAUGUUAGCCAUUUGGGUCAGACCAUUAGGAAGGUGGUCCUAACCAUGGUACGCUUGGAUAGCCUGGUCCCAGAUCUGUUUGUGCGGUCUUGCCAAUUGACCACGGCCAUAGGAGUUGGCAAACCGCAGUCCCAGAUCUGUUUCUGUCAGGCUAAUGUUUUGGCAUCGUGUGCUGUAGAAACAUAAGCACCCAUGUGUGUAUUAUCAGUGAGGUAGUCGCCAAUCUAGAGGUGGCUCUGCUCCUGUUGGACCUUUCUCCCUGUCAACCAAUAGUAAACAUUCACAGGUUGCUGGAGCCUGAAUCUCGCAACACAGAAAUAAAGGAUUCUCGUUAUUGCAUUGUUAAUAUUAAUUGUGGACACAAUUUUAUAUAUGACAAAGACAUGGAAAUAAAUAUUAUUUAUCUUGUUAUUUA